GGUGGGGCGAGGGGUUGAAAAAGAUCUCGUUCUUCUCUGUGACUCCAACUUCUUGAUCUUCACUUUCUCACAAUCACAUCCUUCUUUUCCCAAAAGUCUCAAUAAAUUUCAAGGUAAGCGCAUCUUGACGAUAUUCUCCCUUCAACUGUUGUCCGUGUAUGGGCAUCUACCUGCGGUCAGAAGCUUCAUUUCUAUCUCUUGAUGAAAGUGAAUCGAUAAGUAGAGAAACAAGCUCUAAGCUGAAGCUCGAGUUGAAAGUCAAAAUGGCUAUCACUAAGAUUCACGCACGUUCCGUCUACGAUUCUCGUGGAAACCCAACCGUCGAGGUUGAUGUUGUUACCGAGACUGGUCUUCACCGUGCCAUUGUUCCAUCUGGUGCCUCCACCGGUCAGCACGAAGCCGUUGAGCUCCGUGAUGGAGAUAAGGACAAGUGGGCUGGAAAGGGUGUUACCAAGGCUGUCGCCAACGUCAAUGAUAUCAUUGGCCCAGCUCUUAUCAAGGAGAACGUUGAUGUCAAGGAUCAAUCCAAGAUUGAUGAGUUCUUGAUCAGCCUCGAUGGAACCCCAAACAAGGGCAAGUUGGGUGCCAAUGCCAUUCUUGGUGUUUCUUUGGCUGUUGCCAAGGCCGGAGCUGCUGAGAAGGGUAUCCCACUUUACGCUCACGUUUCCGAUCUUGCCGGAACUAAGAAGCCUUAUGUUCUCCCUGUCCCAUUCAUGAACGUUCUUAACGGAGGUUCCCACGCUGGUGGACGUUUGGCAUUCCAAGAGUUCAUGAUCGUCCCUUCUGCUGCCCCAUCUUUCACCGAAGCUCUCAGACAAGGUGCUGAGGUUUACCAAAAGCUCAAGUCCCUCGCCAAGAAGAAGUACGGUCAAUCUGCCGGUAAUGUCGGAGACGAGGGUGGUGUUGCACCAGAUAUUCAAACUGCUGAGGAGGCUCUUGAGCUCAUCACUGAGUCUAUUGAGGCUGCUGGUUACACCGGAAAGAUGAACAUCGCCAUGGACGUUGCCUCCAGCGAGUUCUACAAGGAGGAUGCCAAGAAGUACGAUUUGGACUUCAAGAACCCAGAGAGUGACCCAACCAAGUGGAUUACCUACACUGAACUUGCCGAUCAAUACAAGAACCUCGCCAAGAAGUACCCAAUCGUCAGCAUUGAGGAUCCAUUCGCUGAAGAUGACUGGGAGGCCUGGAGCUACUUCUACAAGUCCUCCGAUUUCCAAAUCGUCGGUGAUGACUUGACUGUCACCAACCCAAUCAGAAUUAAGAAGGCUAUUGAACUUAAGUCUUGCAAUGCCCUCUUGUUGAAGGUCAACCAAAUCGGUACUCUUACCGAGUCCAUCCAAGCUGCCAAGGACUCCUUCGCUGCUGGAUGGGGUGUUAUGGUUUCUCACCGCUCCGGUGAGACUGAGGAUGUCACCAUCGCUGACAUUGUUGUUGGUCUCCGUGCUGGUCAAAUCAAGACUGGUGCCCCAGCUAGAUCUGAGCGUUUGGCCAAGUUGAACCAGAUCUUGAGAAUUGAGGAGGAGCUCGGUGAUAAGGCUGUCUAUGCUGGAGACAGCUUCAGAACUGCCGUCAACUUGUAAAUGAGCUGAAGAUACUUUGACAAAAGUAAGCUGGGUAGGUAACUGUCUUAUGCGGGAUGAGCGAUACCAUAGCCAGAGUAAUGAUGAAUGAUACCUAAAAAUGAGAAACAAUUUGACAAAAUGCUUACUUCCA